AUGAACGGCGUUACCGAGGAGCUUAUAUUUAGGGGUAUGAUUCAGAAUAUGUUGGAGCAACGCCUAGGCCACGGGUCCAUAUCUGCACUACUCAUCGCGUCUGGUGCCUUCGGCAUUGCACACUUAGGGAAAUCAAAACUUGGAUAUGACCCGCCAAACGUUCGAUACAUGGCCUCCGCCUGUGUCACCGGUGUUGCGUGUGGGUUCGUAUGGCGACAAACAGGAAAAGUCACAGCUUCCGCGCUGACGCAGGCCACGUCGAAUUACAUUAUGUGGCGCGUCGCGUUAAGCAAAAAAGUUGGCCAGUAG